AUGCGGACCUCCCAGCAGGAGGAGGCAUCUUCCAGCCAGGCACCGAAGGGUGCCAAGGGGCAGCUGCGCAGCCCGCAAAGGGCAAGGCAGCGCAAGCAAAAGGAGCAGAGCAGCCCGCAAAGGGCAAGCCAGCUCCAGCAGGCAAGUCCGGUAAGGGCAAGCCUGCGACCCAAGAACCUGCCCAAGGUUCUGGGAAAAAGAAGAACCACCGAGGUGGUCGUUCCCAGGCGGCCCGCGCCAACCGCGAGGCCCGAGGCGCCGAAAGGCGCGAAAGAGAGGGUACAGACCGUCCUCGUAGAGGGCCCGGGGACUGAUAUCCCAGAGCCGCGCACUCCGGAGCAAGCUCCUGCGGGUGCCGGCCAGGAGAUUCCGAGCCCGAGCUCGGAAUCCUCCUUGGACACCGCGCCGGUGCCAGUCUUCACAGGCCCCGUGCCUGGUGAGGAAGAGCCGGCAGAGCGGGUUGCCCCGCCUGCCUCCGCAGAGGCGGCCGCAGAGCCAGCCGAGGAGGCAAAGCCUAAGGCCGCACCGAAGGCCAAGGCAAAAGAAGAAAGCUCUGGAAGCCCCAGCUCCGAAGCUGGGCAGGAGCAAACAGCCCCGGCGAGUGGACCCACGGAGGCCACCCCGGAGGCAGAGCCGAAGGCCCUACCGAGAGGUGCUCCGGCAGCCAAAGCACCGACGGUGAAGGCGCCGCCACCUCACUUGGGACCACCGCCUCCACUGAAGGAGGAACCCAAGGCCGCACAGCCAGGGCCAGCAGAGCCCGAGGCUGCGGUACCUCCCGCGCCUCGGGAGGAAGCUCCGGAGCAGGAGCUAGAGCCCACCUCGCCGGCUGACGAAGGUGAGGAAGAGGAGUCUGAAGAGGAGAGCUCCGAGGGCCAAGGACCGUGCCAGUUCCUGAACGGACUCAGGCACGCGGCUCGCAACAGGCCAGAGACUCCUUGGGAAGGCAACCCAAGGCUGGCAGAGCAGUACGGAGAGGCCCUGGUCUUGCUAGACGAGAUCAGCCAGGGCGACCCCGUGGUCGAGGCUCUGCGCGGGGAAGUCGCAACCCUUAGGGGGUUGCUGGAGAGCCAAGCGCAGCAGCUGCAGGCUGCGAUUGGCGAGUUGUCGGCCCAGAGACAACAGGGCCUAGCUGCAGCAGCCGCUACGGCGGCAGCCGCCACGGCGGCACCCGCCCCUGCGUCGCAGGCGAGCGGUGGAGGGCACUUGCUCAAGAGCAUGCGGCUCCCAACUUCCCUUAAGGGGAGAGACGACUGGGAGCGCUUUGCCUUUCAGGCAGAGUCUUACCUGGCGGUCGUGGACACCAGGUAUCCAGCAGAGCUGGAAAUAGCUCGAAAGUGCAAGGCGCCACUCCAAAUGGCAGCCAUGACCGAGGAAGUGCGGACCCUUAGCGUCCGCCUCUUCGGCAUGCUGGGCAGCUGGACCCACUCCGCCACAGCUGUAAAGCUGGCGCGCGGAGUGAAGGGCCAAAAUGGGUUCGAGCUCUGGCGUCUCCUGUGGCAGGAGCACAACCCAGAGAACGAGUCCAAGAACCUCACCUGGAGGCGGACCCUGCUGAUGCCGAAGUUCCCGCCAAAGGAGAGUGACUUCUCCUUGGCUCUGCAGGAAUGGGAGGCAGAUGUGGACCGCUACGCCUCCGAGUAUGGCGCAGGGCGCGCCCUAGCAGACGAAGAUCUGCGGGCAGUGCUGGUGACCGAGAGCCCCACCGCUCUUCGGCAACACCUCGCUAUGCACGCGGCGAGUCUUUCGACUUAUGCCGAGGUGAGGGAAGUGGUGGUGAGCUACUUGCAAGCCAAAAGGGUCUGGACCCCGAGUGCGGGCUACGCCGCCUCCUCCCGAAGGGAUCCUAACGCCACGGACAUUGGCAGAAUAGGGGACCGAGACGGGAAGGAUGGAAAAGGCAAAGGCGACAAAGGCAAAAAGGGGGACAAAGACCACAAGAAGGGCAAGGGCGACCACAACGACAAAGGCAAGAAAGGGGACAAAAAGGGGAACCAGCAAGGAGGCAGAGACGGCAAAGAGAGAUGCCCCAUCUGCUGGAAAACGGGGCACACCGUAAAAGAGUGCUGGUUCAACGCCAAAGGAAAAGGCAAAGGCACCAAGGGCCAGGUGGCCCAAGUGGCCGACGACGCGGCCACGACGGUGUCAACAGCUUCCUUGGCGACUGCGGGUCCCUCCGCGUCCCAAGUUGGGGGAAGCACCGGCGGCUCUGGCGGCAAAGGCCAGGUGCGCCAGGUGCGCGACGACCGCAUCUUAGGUGUGCGGUUUGCCCCGCCUCACGACACCGAGCCAGAGGAGGACAAAAUCCUCAAGGUGUCGGGGAGUCUUCUUGUGGACUCCGGGGCGUGUGCGUCCGUCUGCAGGCCCGAGGCGUUUCCCGACCUGCAGCCCGCGGGCCCACCAAAGAGCCUUUACUCGGUGGACAACAGCCGCCUGAAGACCAAGGGCCGUGUCCAGCCGAGCCUCCUCUUAGGGGAGGAGCGCCAGUCCUGCAAGGUCAACUUUGAGGUGACCGAGGACAUAGAGGACGAAAUCCUCAGCAUCAGCCGUGCUGUUGAGGACAGCCACAUUUUGUGGCCCGACGGCGUCCGAGCCUCGAUCCUCAAGAGAGGGUCACAGUUCCUCCUACCCUACGAGCGGGCUGCUGAAGAGGAGGAGGCUGCGGGAAACCCCGCCCCUCUAGAGGAGCAGGCCGAGCAGCCUGACUCCAGGCCACGCGGCCUAAGGGCACCGCGCAACCCCACGGCGCAGGAACGCGCCGAGCACGAGCUCACUCACACGCCCUACCAGGCGUGGUGCGAGAAGUGCGUGGAGGGAAAGGCGCGCGAGGACCCUCACCGCCGCCGUGAGCCCUCGGAUGAUCCGGUGACGCCGCUUGUCACCAUGGAUUAUCAGUUCUACAGCCGGGACGGGAAAGAAGUUGAGGAAGAAGCGUCGCUUGCCACGGUGCUGAACCUCACAGACAGGGCCACUGGCUGGACUCUGUCAGUUCCCGUGGCGCACAAAGGGCACAGACACGCGGCUUACGCCGCAGGGCUUGUGGAGCAGUUCGUGGACCGCCUGGGGUACGACAAGUUCACCCUGCAGGCCGACCAAGAGAACGCUAUAGCCUCUGUGGCCCGUGCGGUCCACCGCCGGCUGGGAGCUGCUAGGGUGCGUCUUCGGGACGCCCCUCGCGGGUCACACCAAAGCCAAGGAUCCGUGGAGGGAAGGAACGCACACCUAGCAGGCGAGGUUCGCACUUGGCUUUCGCAGCUAAGAGCGGACUACCCCGCCUUAGAGUGGGACACUUCGUCCAACCUGUUCCCGUGGCUGGUCAGGCACGUGGCCUGGCUGCAAGCCCGGUUCGGGACCAAGUCGACGGACGGGGUGACACCAUAUCGGGCAGCCACUGGCACCGACUAUGGUGGAGCACUUUGCUCCUUUGGAGAAACCGUUCUAGCUAAGCUCCCGAGGCCCGGGAACAAAGCGCAGGUGCGCUGGGUCAAAGGGGUCUGGGCCGGCAAGCUGGAGCGCGACGACUCCCACGUGGUGCUAACCGAAGCGGGCGCACUCAACGUGAGGAGCGUCAGGCGACUCCCGCCGGAGACCCGACACCAGACGGCAGCCGUUCUUAAAGCGUGCGGCCUGCCUUGGAACCCUAGAUUUGGCCGCUCAGCGCCAGCAGAGCGCAGCGAGCCGAUGAUGGUUCCAAUCCCUCUGGCCACGCCGGCCGAAGAAACGGAGCGGCUAGAACCGCCCGGUGAGCCCUGGCUCUUCAGCGACGGGCCGCGGCCCGACGACGAGGCCCUCUUAGUCGAAGGGGCCGAGCAGGCCAGCAGGCUCCCGGACGCCAGCCCUACCGAGGAGCUGGCCAACGCAGAAAUACCGGACUACGAGCCGUCCGACGUGGAGGCAGGACCUUCCGCAGCAAGCGCGCUGCCGCAACAAGCGGCAAGCCCCGCCCCAGCCGCCAACGACGGCUCAGGCGAAGGGGGGCAGAAGCGCGACUCUGCGGGUUCCUCCGCGAGCGCAGCGGCAGCACAGCAGCCGCCUGCAGCAAAGAGCCGGGUGGAGCCCAAGAAGGCACCGCGGCUAGGAGCGCUCACAGAGCGCGAGGUGUGGCAGCACAUCGCUGCCUUAGCCGACCCGCCGCUCACCAACCACAAGGGCGAGCGGGACGCGUGGGUUGGGCAGGUGACAGACCUGCUAGACCGGAUGCUCGACCCCAAGCAGGUCGAGCAGGCACGCAAGGAGCAGCUAAGAAAGCUGUGGGACCGAGGCGCUAUCACGCCCGUGCUGCGGUCUGAAGUACCGCGCGGGGCGCAGCUGUUCAGGGCAAAGUGGGUCGACAAGUGCGACAAAGGGCGGUACAAGUCAAGGUGUACCUGUGCCGACGUCAAGGCCCGCUACAGCCCAGAACAGGAAGCUGGCUUGGACGUUUUCGUCCCAACGCCAACGCCCGAGAGUCACUCCCUACUUGAGGUAGCAGCGCUACACAACGAGGGGUGGGAGGGACCGCACCGCGGUGCGGCGGAAGGCCGCCCGGUCUACAUGUACGCGCCUGUGGAGUGGCGCGAGCUCUUUGACCAAUGGGUCUUGGAGCAGCCUGCAAAGGACCAGCAGUGGUACCGAGACCACUUCAGGGACUUUGUGUUCCGAGUGGACGGCAACCUCUACGGCCGAAGAACGGCUGGUUCCGUCUACAGGGACGAGCUGGAAGAAGUCCUCACCGGCAAGCUGGCCAAGGACUACGACUUCCAGCGGGGCGUGAAGGACCCGUGCGUGUACCUAGACCGCCGGUCCGGCCUGAUCCUUCUCCACCACAUCGACGACAUCCGUGUCGCAGGCCCCAAGGCCGCAGUGCUGAAGUUCACGGAGGUGGACCUCCCGACGCACUGUGAGAUAACGGUGGGAGAACUGGAAGAGCCGGGCACAGCGGUGGAGGUCCUGGGAAGGACCAAGGUGCGCACAGAGGACUCAAUCCUCACGCUGCCCGACAGCAAGCACGCUGAGAAUGUGUGCGAGCAGCUGGGCAUCGGUCCAAAAGACAAGGGGACCGUGCCUAGCCGACCUCUAGACCUGACCAAGGUCGAGGAGCUCUCUGCGGGUGACGCCGCGAGGUUCCGCAGCGCCGUGGGUAGUGCUAUCUACCUGUCGGCGGACAGGCGAGACAUACAGUUCGCCGUGAAAGAGCUGGCAAGAAGGAUGCAGAACCCCAGGGUCUGCGACUGGCUCGCUGCGGAAACCCUCGCGCGAUACCUGCGGGCAACCCCGCGGUUUGGAAGGGUAGUUGUGCUGGACCCCGCGUCCAAGAGCACAGCCCUUCUGAACUUGGAGGUCUACUCCGACUCCGACUGGGCAGGGUGCCCAGAAACGAGAAGGAGCACAGACAAUAUAGUUGCCUGUCUCGGGGGAGCAGUCAUCCAGACAAGCUGCCAGACACAGCCCGGCCUCCCAGCCACCUCCAGCGGAGACGCGGAGAUCCGGGGAGUGUCACGAGCAGCAAGGGAGGCUGUCUUCCUACGAGAACUUGCGGAGAAGGACUUUGCCCUAGCCUGCGGCGUGCCGCGGCUCUGGGCAGACUCCGCAGCCUCGAUCGGAGCCGCCAAGCGCAUAGGACCAGGGUCUAAGCUGAGACACCUGGAAGUCGCGGAAUUCUUUGUCCAAGGCGCGCUCAGAGCCAAACUUCUCGAACUGAGAAAAGUUAAGGGAACCGAAAAUCCGGCAAACUUCGCUACCAAGCACGCGAAGACUGGACCGGAGGUGCGGCAAUCCCUGCCCUCCAUGGGCAUGGUGGACCUCGAUGCGGUCGCAGGCGCCACCGAGGCUCUGGCCCAAAAAGGCACGAUCAAGACGAUCCAAGCUAGCCCCUGGAAGAUGAGACCGCCGACCAAGCUCACGAGCUCGGCGCUCAUGGCCACAAUCGUGGCGCUGCAGGUUCGACCUGCCAAGGCCCAAGGGCACGACUUCGCAGAGCUGGUGCUCGGCUUCGCGGCCCUAGGCUUCCUGGCCUUCCUGUGGAUGCUUUGGGGUUUAGUCUCCUGGCUCUGCAGGUGCAGACGUGACAGGCAGGAGCCGGAGCCCGAGGAUGAGAUCGAGCACCACGCCGAGCGUGCCGAAGAGCCGCCGCGUGCAGCCCAAAGGGCCACGGAGCUCUGGCUAGGGCCAGAAGCGCCGCAAGAGGCGCAAGAGGAAAGGAGGGAGCAACAGCCUAGGGGGGCUCAGGAGCCAGAACCUGAGGGUGAGCGGACUCCAGGUCCGCCCCUGCGGCAGCUCCUCCACCACCGCCGCCCGCUGCACCAAGGGUGCGGCGCAGGCGUAGGGGACCGGAACCCCUUUCGGGGGACGACGAGCAUCUCUACGAGACAGCCCGUGGUGACAGAAUCCAUCUUUUCACCAACUGCAAUGGGCUGA